AUGGGGGGCAAACAUAGUCGCCUCCAGCGAGAGCAGAAGCAUCAGCAACGGAAGCAAAAGAAGGAGAAAAAAGGUUCCAACCGUGCCGAACAGCAGGAGGCUGGUGGUAGCAGCGGUAGCAGUACUGGCGGUGACGGUAAAUUAAGUGACAACUCACAACUGAUCGUGACGGCUGUGCACCACCUGGUGCCGGUAGAAUCGGUUGCGAGGAAAGUAGUGACGGUGCGCGACAGCCCUAGCGUUCCGGGGCAUGGUGGUGUGGUCGAUGUUGCGUAUGAGUCGGCGCUAAACGUAACUGAACGUGACAUCGAGCGAGUGGGACGUGUGCCUGAGUGCAACGCAGCCACGACCCAGGAGGAAGAGGAAGAUAACGCGAAAAGCUCCGUUACCAUUACGAUUUGCAUGCUGAAAAUGGAACCGAAUGACACCGGUGCGGAGGCAGCGGAUAUCACAGCGACGGGCGAUACCGACGUGCGAACCGUUGCCGGGGAAGCUGAUGGUAGUGUUGGACCUGCAGUGGACGGCACCGCAGACGAUUCACUUUCUCCGCGUCAGUGUGCAUGCCUUGAGAAUGGUAAUUUUGGGUGCUCAGUUGAACCGACAGCAGAUAGCGGAGAAACGGUAAUGCGGUGUAGCUGCAGUGUGAACACAACAGGAGCGAUCGACAAUCGGCUGAACAAUAACGAGACGCCAAAUAUGCCGACACCUUCGACGAUAUCGUCGACACCCGCCGCAAUGGUGCCCGCUGCAUUAUCGUCGACGUCUUCCAACUCUGCGAACUCAAGUGCAGUGCCGGUACCGCCUGCAGUAUCGUUUAUGAUCGGUGGGCACGAUCCCGCCACAAUCAGUCAUCUGUUGCAUCGGUUGCGACACUUGCACCAUCAUCACCACCAUCUGCACCAUCACCACCAUCAUCAUCAUCUGAUGCAUCUGCACCAUCUACAUCAUCACCAUCCGGUGACGGGCGGUGUCGCAGAUUUACCGCCAGAUGUCGCACUCAGCAGUAAUACAAUGGAUUGGAGACAGCAGCACGCUCCACAUCAGUGGAUCCCCGCUGGGAUGGUUGGCUCUAGCAAUGGUGCGAUAGUUCGCCCGGCCGAUGUCCCUUCCGGUGGAUCGUCCGUGGGACCGGCCACUGCCGGCCCACACUUUAUGGACAUCGAUAUCGAUCUGAAGGAUAAGCUCGAGGGAUUGAGGCUGGGUCCCGCCACAACUUCAGCGACAGGACAGCGACAGAGUAGCAACAACAAUGUGACGGAGGAAAGUGGUGAACAUCCGUACAGUGUUGGUGAAUGUCCGACGUGCUGUGCCAUGGCAAUGGCAGCCAAUGCAUCUGGUUCGCUGGGCGGUUUGCUAAACGGCAGUGGUGGAGCCUCGAGUUCGAUGGCGAACGGAACGAGCAUCUACAAUGGCAAUGCUGGCGAGGUGGAGGAGAAGAUUCUCAACACCAGCAACCAACCUUCGGUGACACCUUCGCUAACCGGUGGCGAAAAACUGCCAGAACUGAGUGCUCCUGCGGUGACUUCACUGGCGGUGGAUAGCAGUCCGAGCGGCACGGGCGUCUCUCCUUCGUCUGUUCAGAUUUCAACCGAACCGGACAACACUGAAGCUGGAUCAUCUUCGGUGGUAACUUUAUCUGCCGUUGGUAGAACGGUACCCAGCACUGGGAAGGAUGCUGUACAGACCGUAGCGUUGGAGGACAAUUCCUCGAAACCGACAGCAGCGGCAACAACAACACCGACCAGUACAGCCUCGCCGAGUUCAGCAAAUACAACCAGUGACAGUCCGCCAGCAACGACGGUCGCAGCUGGUAGUGUUGUGCCGUCGUCGUCCACAGCCGAAACGAAAACAACAGGAUCAACACCGGUACCAGGUGUCACGUCCUGUUGCAACCGGAAGUCUUCAUCGUCCACCGCUUCUACCCUGUUCGGUUCCUUAUCGUUUGCCGGUCGUCGAUCGCGCUCGUCAAACGCACGCACCGGUAGUUGUUGUGCCAAUAACGCCACUCCGACGGGUGACGGUGUAUCACCAGCGGCAGCAACCACUCCAGAACCGCAGCAACGAUCGCGCAUCUCGUGGAUACCGGGCAGUGGGCAGAAGCAGCAGCGCACCAGCGGAUCGAAGAAUGGCCGCACUGAUACGGCCACAGCUGUCACCAGCCCCGGCAGUGCCAAAUCGAAAAAGUCCAACUGGCCCUUCUCACUAAAAUCAUCCAGCGGGUCUUCACAAUCACGAGCAGGCACGGGAACGGCACAGGCACACAAACAGACGACCAAAGCAACCAACCAAGGUGCCGGCUCUUCUUCCAACGGUUGUGCCUCCACCAGCACGGCAAUGGCCACGGAUAUGAGCAACAGUAUUGUGUCGUCUGCCGUAGCAAACGGUGGCUCAUCGCUUCGCGGAAGCUCGCUGAUAAGUUCGGCCAAGCUGCUGAAAGGUGAAACGGAUCAGGAUGAUUCGUGCGUAUGUACGGCUUACCGGAAGGUGAGCGAGUCGCCUCCACCAUCGUCAUCGCCUGUGCCGCCGGUAGUGGCGGCAGGACCAUCCAGGGUAGCCAGCCCAAGGCCGGCCGAAUCGGUCGAAUGGUUGGAGGAAGCUAUACACGGGUCUGGACUGUUGCCGCUUAAUCUCCAUAUGCUGAGUUCGCUCCGUUCGGGUAACGCGGGAACAUCCGCACAAUCGAUGGCCGGUGUAUCGGGUCCGAUGAUUUCGCUCAGCCCAGAACCGAUACCUGCCUCGAUGUUGGCUAACCAUCACCAUCACCAUCAUCACGCGAUGACUGCCGCCGCCCUGGUUGCCGACCAUCAUCCGACGUUCUUCUUCUCCACCGCGUCCGGUGGUUCGAAUCAUCACGCACACCACGGACCAGUGGGGCCAGGUGUGGGCGGAUCAUCACCAGCAGCCGGCCAGCUAUUCGGUACACCCGCCAACGAUGUGAUACUGCUGUCGGAUUCACCCGUGCUGUUUGAUCUCACCAGCGAUGACUUCUCGGUGGAGGAUUGUGACGAACGGGCCCGGAUCCAGCGUGAGCUGGAAAUCCGCGAAGGAGUGGACGCACCGCCCAACUUCCAUCCGCGUCGUCUAAUGUCCGGCGGAACGAUUGCGUCCGGUCCGGCCGCAAACCAUCCGAUAGCGUUCAUCUAUUCGCGCGACCUGAUGCAGCGGGGUCUGCUGAUGGCGAACAAGCUGAUACAGCCGCUUGAUGCGGCCGGUCGUUGCACGGCUGGUCGUGACGGUUUCGGUCGGUUGCGCAUACAUUCGCAGGUCGAUUUCAUACACUGUCUGGUGCCGGAUCUACAGAAAAUCACCAGCUGUAGCUUCUACUGGGGGAAGAUGGAUCGGUACGAGGCGGAACGGUUGCUCGAAGGCAAACCGGAGGGUACGUUCCUGUUGCGUGAUUCGGCGCAGGAAGAGUUUCUGUUUUCCGUGUCCUUCCGGAAGUACAACCGGUCGUUGCACGCUCGGAUCGAGCAGUUCAAUCACAAGUUUAGUUUUGACUCUCGCGAUCCGGGUGUAUUCACGGCCUCGACGGUAACUGGACUGUUGGAACACUACAAGGAUCCGUCCUGUGUGAUGUUUUUCGAACCGAUGCUAACGUUCCCGCUGAAUCGUAACUUUAGCUUCAGCCUGCAGCAACUCUGCCGGGCGGUGAUCGUGAGCAACACGACGUACGAUGGCAUUAAUGAGCUGACGCUACCAAAGUCUCUUAAGUCAUACCUGAAGGAGUAUCACUAUCGGCAGCGGGUCCGCUUCCGGCCAAUGGAUGAGCAUCUCUACUCCAACGCGUAG